AUGGGGGGAUACCUGUCUGGCCGCUUCGAAGCGAGCGUCGCAGCCGUGGUAAAGGAGGUGCUGAGAGAGCACUCCACCAUCGUCCAGCCGUCUGAGAUCUCCAAUGCAGAUGAGGCUUUCUACGAGAACCAGCUGAUGGAUGCCCUGAAGAAGGAGGGUAUGGAGACUUGCAACUUGAUUCUGGGCAUCGACUUCACCCGGUCCAACCUGACCCAGGGCAAGGAGACCUUCCACAACCUCAGCUUGCAUGCUCUCAGAUCGCCACACGGUCCCAAUCCGUACCAGCGCAGCAUCGACAUCGUGAUGAAGACGCUCGCACCGAUGUUCGACGAAGACGGCCUUGUUCCCGCCUUUAUCUUCGGAGAUGUGUCGACCAAAGACCGUGCUGUCCGACCUCUUGUAUCAGGCCAUGACAGCAUACUCGUCGACGAGAUCCUGCCCGCCUACAACAAGGCAGUCGAGCAGCUUGGAGCGGGUGGCUAUGGCCUUUCCGGGCCCACUUCCUUUGCUCCCUUGAUUUACAAGGCUAUCGAAGUGGUAAGCCAGAAUGGCAACGAGCAGCACAUCCUCUUGAUCCUCGCCGAUGGCGCAGUCACUGACGAUGCCUGCUGUGAAGCGACACGACAAGCGCUUGUGUUGGCCAGCGACUAUCCACUCUCCAUCGUCAUGAUCGGCGUGGGUGAUGGCCCUUGGGACGUCAUGAAGGAGUUCGACGAUGCCCUCCCCAGCAGGCAGUUCGACAAUUUCCAGUUCGUUCCCUUCGCGAAGUUCCAAGCUCUGCUGGAGACUGGCCGCCCUCGGCAGUGUCGUUUAGCCGAGGCCAUCAGUGGCUCAUUUUGA